AUGGCGACCCGCGGACCGAUCAGGGCUCCGAAAGAGUCGGAGGCGUACACCAAACGGGUUACGCGCGAUGGCAGAGAACUCACCUACCAAAUGGUUGUCAUGCAACAGCCAGAACGUGCUAGGGCCUGUGGUGCUGGAGCCAAGUCCUCUGCCGACCGACGUCCUGUUGACCCGCCUCCCGUGGUGGAAUUGCGUAUAUUCGAAACCGAUCCUAAUAACCCAGACAAAGCUACCGACGUCACUUUCGCCUAUAAUGCCAAUUUCUUCCUUUAUGCGACAUUGGAAAAUGCACGGAACAUCGCUCACGGACGGAUGGCUGGACCCCCGUCGUGCCCAGUAUUGACCGGCGUGCCAGUUGCCGGUGUUGCAUAUCUCGAUCGUCCUUUACAGGCAGGCUAUUUCAUCUUCCCCGACUUGUCGGUGCGACACGAGGGUCGAUAUCGGUUAACUUUCCACCUAUAUGAAGAAAUUAAAGACACGAAGGAUACUGAUAAAGACUCGGACCUGCCACUCCCGAACCAAGUUACCGGCCCAAAUACGUCAAAGCCAGGCUCCCCACAAUCGUUCCUUCACUUUCGCCUAGAGGUCAAAUCAGUUCCGUUUGUCGUCUAUAGUGCAAAGAAGUUCCCUGGCCUGGCCACCAGCACUUCGUUGAGUCGCAUUAUUGCCGAGCAAGGAUGCCGUGUCCGCAUUCGUCGUGAUGUUCGCAUGAGACGUCGAGGCGACAAGCACAAUGAGGAUUAUGAUUUCAACGAGGAUAGAACUGCGGCAUACGCUCGGUCCGAUCGCUUUUCUACACCAGAUCACUAUGUGGCGCAAUCAGUAGAACGGCCUCGAUCAAAUAGCCACACCAGCACGGGAGAAUCACCGUAUGGCUACCCACCCGAAAUCCAACGGCGGCCGUCGGCACAGGAUUAUGCCUUCGCUUGCCCACAACCUUACCAGCGACCAAUGCCGCCUGUCAUGGCCAACGCCACCACACCGUCUUACCAAUCCCACCUUUCCUUCGGCUCAACACCCACUCAUUACCCUGCAGCUACUCACAUGCCGCCUACUCCACCACCUCCUGGCAUGUAUUCGCCUCAUACCGCGUAUGCUAAUCUUCGUCACCAAUCCACCGCAUCAGAGUACGAUAUGACACCGGGAGGUUACCCCAUGGCACCGCAGAUGCAAAAUGGCUACCCCAAGAACAAUAUGAAUCAAUAUCGCGUGGAGGCCGCGAAGCCGACACCCUAUCUGAUCCAAGAUCCGUCACAAUAUCUGCCACCGGCACAUAUGAUGCGCCAUGACCAGACAUCGGCCAUGGGCCAUGCGGGCAUGCCGGUAAUGAAAUCUCUAGCCAGUGAAUACGCCAAUGUUCAACCGUCUAUCGAAAGUGUCCCGCCAAGCCCUGGAGGCUACGACUCAUUCACAGGCAAGCGCAUGGUAUAUCACUCAGGCAGCAUUGGCUCUAAGCGCACCCACGAAGAUUCCUUUGGCAUUGAUGAUCGUUCAAUGCAGAACGGCAUGCGGCCAGAUACCGAACCAAACCCCAAUGCCUACCGAGAUUUCUCCGCUGAAAGUCGUGCAGCCUUGAUGGCUGAGCUUGGCGUGGAGAUGGCCUACAAACGAGCCAACGGCAAGAUGGUCAUGAAGACUCCUCAUUAA